AUGUGACGUCAUUAGGAUGUAAACAAUAUGGCUACUGCUAACUACAGCUGAAAUUUGACUUACAAAAGAUUUGAUGCUUUAAAAGGUGAUAGUGACCGUUCUAUGUCUUUCUCAAAGUUGAUAUUGUAUUAUUGAUUAUUUACACGGAUUCUGAGUACAAAUAUUUAGGUCAUAAAGGAAGAAAAUGGGUGGAAAUACAAGCCAAGUUGAAGCUGGUGGAACGGCGGACACACGGGAUCCUCAGAAAAUUAACUCCGACAACGAGAGGGUUGCCCGACUUGCCAGAGCCAUGACAGCGAGACCCAAUGACAAGAGGCCUAGAAAUGACCACCCGUUUUGGGAAGAUCAGGAGGACGAGGAUCAUGAUGGUUACAAGGAAAGUAUGUACAUCUUGAAACAGUUAUACAAAAGAAUGGAUCCAACAGUGAUGAAGACAUUGGGGGACGCUAAGGGCGAGGUAAAGUUGUCCAUGAAAUACGACUGGCAACGCAAGCUGCUUCUUGUUAAAGUUGUGUCUGCACGAGAUUUAAGUGCAAAGGACUUGAGAGGGAAGGCAUCUGAUCCUUACAUAAAGCUUGAUCUUGUGCCUGACAGCCACUCAGAAGGAGCAAAGUCUACAUCAGUGGUAACCAGGAGCCUAAGUCCCACCUACAAUGAAAUCUUAACAUUUAAGGUGCUGGAGGAGGACUUGGUUGACACCCAGUUGAGGGUGCAGGUGAUGAGUCAUGACCCCAUGGGUAAGGAUGAUUUCAUGGGGGAGAGGAUCAUACCGGUGGGCGAGAUGAAUCUCAGUAAAGUUUGCACUGAUUGGUACACAUUGCAAGCGGAGACGGAUUUAGAUAUUAAAGGAGAAUUAGAGAUAGGAUUGCAGUUCCUGCUACCAGACACCCUACAAGUUAGCAUCUUUGGGGCUAGCCAACUUGUUUGCCGUGACCCUGAUAAACUGCCGUGUCCCUACGUAAAGGUAAUAAUUCCUGGAGUGCCAAAGGUUGAACAAACAAAGAUUGUGAAGAACACAUUGGAUCCAGAAUGGAAUGAAGUAUUCAAUUUCCCAGUAGCAGAGGAAGAGCUUAGUAGCAGGUAUAUUGUGUUGCAUUUGCUGGACAAGGCAUUCGUGGGUGAAACCGAUGCACUCGGUCAGAUAUUUAUAGAUCUUAUGAACCUAGAUAUAAAUGUUGGUUACACUGGAAAAUUUGCUUUAGCUGACCUUAAAAAUUCCAAUAAAGUGAGGACCAAAUGGUCACAGACGGCAACAGUGCAGGAAUUCCGUGAGGCGAUGUAUGCCCAUGCGGUGAACCGCUAUCCAAAGCUGGUCUUUCAAAAGCACAAGGGAAAUAAAGUGGUGACAGUCUCAAGCAGGAAGGCUGGUUCAUCUGCAAAGAUCAGGAUCAUUGAUGGAAUGGCGAUCUAGAAACUAUGUACGAGGAUUAUUACAUUAAAAAAAUGACAGCAGCACUUUAAAGACUGAAGUUGGAACCUCAUUGCAUUGUAUGACCGUCUCACGAUGAAUUAAACUCGGCUGUCUGUGAGCGCUAAACAACGAAACGCCCUCUAUUGAUUGUUGGUGGCAGUCUGAAUGGAUUGCAUUAAAUACGAUCUGUUGCAUUCACAUUGUCGCGUUUUUCACAGAAUCACAUCGGCUGACGACUGUCGUGCGUAUUGUGUACUGGGCUUAUCUUGUAUAAAAUUUAUAUCAUUCGUGCACGCAGUGGACUUCACCAGGAGACUGUACAAAUGGGAUAAGAAACAUCUAUAAUACAGCAAUGAUAAUGAGGGGAGGUCCUACAACAACAAAGUAUGCAAAUCUGGUGAACAAAUCAUCUACUGCUCUGUAGAAAUAAGCAACCCUAAUAAACAAUAUUCAAAGUAAAUAAGAUGUAAAAACUGUAGAUAGCAUACAGUUAAACUUGUCUAAGUCGACUUUGCCCAACUCGAAUAAUUUCUAAGUCGAACUUAUUUUACAUGCCAGAUUGUUGUGUUUUCCAUUAAUUAACAAUCUGUAAGUCAAAUUUUAUCUAAGUCGAAUGUUAUCCAAGUCGAACAAUUUUUCAAUGGUAUUUUUUAUUCGACUUAGGCAGUUCAAAUGUAUAAGGAUAUGAAUGUUUUUUUUUAUUUUUUUUUUUUUUUUGUCAGAGCAUUUUAAUAAUUACAUAAAGAAACGAUUUAUAUUUGGGCUUUGCCUUUUAAUGUAUGAUUAGACUUUUUAUGACAGUGUGUUGUGUCAUAUAUGUGACUAGCUCUGGGAAAACUAACUUCUAGUUUUUGAUAUUAUUCGAUGCAGCAUGAAAUCUUCUUUAAAGCAGUGUUUGAUGGAAAUUAUUUAAAUAUUAGUGAAAUUAUGAGUAUUUAAUUUAUCGCAUAUCAGUCAAGUACUGUACUGUACGUUUUGAGAAAAAAAGUUUCAGAAAUCAAUAUUUUAUUAAUAAUAAGAUUUGUAUUUUUAGUAGAAAUAGAUCAUUGAUCAAUAAUAUGACAAUAUGAACUAUGUUUGUAACCUGACAUGUUAUCGUACUGAAUGAUUAGUACGUUCGCAAAUACUUGCGAAAAAAAAAACUGUGAUUCGGGUGGGAAUCGAACCCAUGACCUCUGGACUUGACCACAAGACUUGCAUUUGGUGGUCAGUGAUGAAAAAUGCCAUCGGAAUAGUACUAUAGUACCCAAUGCUACUGAGCAUUCAGUAGGAUUGCAUUUCAGAUAGGGCAAACAUCGUUCGUGUUAUUUCUCCUGAUAAAAAAAAAAAAAUCCAUUUGAGCACUGUACUUAAACAUUCCCAACAUGUUUGAAUGUGUUGGUAAUACACCAAUUAACAUUUUAAUAAUUGUUUAGAUUGUAUAUAUCCAAUUAAACAAAUAGUGUUACCAUGCAUACACUAUUUAAUGGAAUUAUAUUUAAAAAAAAAAUAUUUAAUUAUAGUACUGUACAGGUAUGUGUAUAUGUAAUACCUUUGAUAAUUACAGUUUUUAUUAAUUUAACAAAACAUUCCGUCCACAUUAAAAAGGUUUUUUAAAUAUAUUUUCUACAAUAAAAGUACUGUAAAAUUCAUUUCACCACUUGUUUUGUGGUUAAGUUAUACAUGUACAUAUUUAGGAUUAUUAUUUUAUUUCGGAGUAAAACACUAUAUUUUCAGAUAUACAGUACUGUAUGUAUUGUCUUGUAGAUCUGCAUAGUUUGGAAUAUAUGUUGGAUGUACAAAUAUCAGACAAUGAGAAUAAAAUAUCAGCUUGAGGAAAAGAGAUUGUUUUAUUAUUUAUUUACAAGGCAAAAUCACUGAACUUGAGACAAACAUUGUUUGAUGCACACAAAAUGUUGAUAUGUUGUAGGACGGAUUUUUGACAAAAAACUGGGAACAAUAUAAAAUAGAUUUUUUUU